AUGCUUGUCAUUGAGGAGCACAAGAUCACAUCACAACUCAAUGAUAGGUUGCAACAGACUUCAUCAACCAUUGACAACAUAAUCAAUGAGAUCAAGAGCAUCAACACAUUGUUCAAACAUACUUCAACAUGCAAGUUCGAUCGAGAUGUGACAGACACUGAUGAUGGCCACGAUUCCCUUUCCCUUGCUCAAUCAAUCACAUCGUGUACUUCACUCGAUCAGUUCAUGGAUCAAACAUUCCCAACAACAGCCACAUCAACAUCCAAUGGCUCUGAGAUCACAAUCACAGACAUGGCGUUGCUAACCUUGGUCCAGAGCAAUGUUGAGCGGAUGAACAAUGUGCAACAUUUAAUACAUCGUCCGUGCACUGUAAUCAUCAACUCAACAAUAAUGAACUCAAUCAAGGAGCAACUAAGUUCUUGUUUCCGAAUUUAUGAGCCAUAUCGAAAGUAUACGCACGACUUUGAUGGCAUGAUCAUGUGCAUCGAACUCAAGGCCUACUCCUUGUUCUCACCGACCACGCAUACCUGGACAUUGUUCGAACAGGAGCAUGAAGAUGUGAUCGUCUCCAAUAGAGGAUUUGCACAUGUGUAUGCUCGUGGUAAUAUCUAUCUGUUUGGAGGAUUCAAGAACGCCACAACAUACUCUCGCUUCUCACUGGCUGAUCGUAAAUGGCAUCAUCAGAACCAAAUGGUUGGCGUGGAUGAUGAUAUGGAAGGUAGAGAGAAUAUAGGAUUGUGCUAUAAUGGCGACCAACUCAUCUAUUUGGUCGGAGGUACAGAGCCGGAUGGCACUCUCUCGAGUCGAAUUGACAGCUUCAACAUUGACACACAGCGGUACACUCAUAUCGGUGACCUGAUCGGUGGGAUCACACAUGCAUUCGUGGCACUUCGAAACAAUGUCCUCCAUUGCAUUCAACUUGCUAGCGAUGAUGACGAUGAUGACGAUGAUGAUAACAUUAAUUAUCAAGAAAUCAUAAUCUACUCAUAUGACUUGAUAACCAACAAGUUGGCUCAAGAGUAUAGAUUUCCUGCCAAGCCAUGCGUAUCUGCUGUCUAUGAUGGCGAUGACAAGUUCCACCUUUUUGCCAAGAUGAGACACCAUCAAGCAAUAACAUGGUGUGGAUCAAUACUAAUGAUGGAGAAAGAUACAUAUAUUAUCUCCAAGGCCAUAAUUGGAAUGAUCGAUUCAGCGUCGAUCGGAAUGAGUGGACCAGUAUCAAUUUUCUAA